ACAGGUUGUUGUCACUGUCACAAAUUAUUUUCCAAUUUCUUAUCUUCAAUUUUAAAUUGAGGAAACCGAUUAUUUGUGAUUGUUACAAAGAGCAUUAUAUGGUUUAUUAUUACCAUAAUUAUUAUAACAAAAAAGAUCAAGGAUGAUAUACUUAUUGAGUAUAACAAAUAAGUGUUCUUUUUAUUAAAAUAAUGUACUAAUUGUUUGGUUCCAUGCAGUCUUGUUAUCUGACUUCUGUAGGCUGUGACCGGGAAAAUGAAUUUUAGUAAACCAUGAUCUUCGUCAUCUUAGGCAAAGAGAAAGAUUUAUUUGCAAAGAAUUGAGAUUGUGGAAAAUAUCUUAGUGCUCACGGAAUUAAAUCAAUCAUGUCUCACAAAAAAGGUGAUUUGAAGGUUUAUUGGAAUAAAAUUACUUACGCUUUUCCUAUACUGAACGACAAUAUCUUCAGUGACUGCACAAACGCCGAAUACGAUGAAGUGCAACACAUAAUUGUUGGUUUAGGUGUACAAAUAAAGAUUCGCGAUCUGGUGUUGAUACACAUUGAGAAACACCUACGGCAACACGUCGCGCCGAAGUUCUGGUCUAAAUUCAUCAAAGUCAAUGAAGAUGUUAGAGGCUUUCAGUUGUUCAAGUCUGCUGUCAAUGAUCUUUAUGAAGCAGUUUCUAGUUUCUCAUCAAUGAUGUGUCGACUCACUAUUUUGAACAACAGUUGUAAUGAUAAUAAACCAAUUUAUGGUGAGAAGGAUGUUGUGCUGGGAUUCAAACAACUUGUUAGAGCUACAUUGCUGUCUCAACUGCCUUUAGACUUUCAAGUUAUCAUAAACCAUUUUUAUAAAAUAUCUUUUAAUGUUUUUGAUAAUGAAUAUGAAAAUUCCGAUAUGAGUGAAGAUAUAAUGUGUUCUGGUUGUGGAAAUGAGUAUGCUGAUUGUAAUUGCGCUUACAUUGUAAAAGUGUUCCAUGAAACUAACAGAAAACUAAUGGAUUUGCAGUUACUAGAAAGAUUAACUGGACAAGUCUUGACUAACUUUAUACAGUUGAGGAUAGAAUCUCACAUACAAAAAUUAUGUACUGGUACUUUUGACGUAUCACAUGUUGGCUUUUUGGAGAACUGGCUUGACACUACAGUCAUGUCAUGGCUCACCAGAAUUUACUGUGGAGGUUCAUCCAAACCACCUCCAGAUGAUAAAAAUAUACAAAAUGCAAUAUCAAAAUUCAAGCAAAAGCUGCGGUACUUUUUAUACCAUAGCUACACAAAAUUAAGAAUAGACCAGCUGUUCAAUAUUAUUAUUGAGUAUCCCGAUUCCCAACCUGCUGUGGAUGAUAUAAAGUUUUGUUUAGACAAAACUGACUUAAGAUCUACUUUAUGCAAGAAGUUGCAAAAUGCUUUGGAAACAAGAUUGCUGCACUCUGGAGUCAAUACUCCUGACAUACUUACUGCUUACAUAUCUACUAUAAGAGCCUUGAGGCAUUUAGAUCCUUCUGGGGUCAUACUUGAAACUGUCACAAAGCCUGUUCGUAAUUAUUUAAGAAAUAGGGAGGAUACAGUAAGGAGUGUUGUGAGCAGCCUCACUGAGGAAGGAGCAGGUAGUGAGUUAGCAGAGGAAUUAGCAAAGUACACUGGGGAGCCAGAAGGUGAUGCAGACAAUGAUGAGGCAUGGGAUGAAUGGAAUCCAGACCCAGUAGAUGCUGACCCUAAAGUUGAUCCUAAAGACAGAAGGACAAGUGAUAUUAUAUCCAUGCUAGUAAAUGUAUAUGGCAGUAAGGAAUUAUUUGUAAAUGAAUACAGAACUCUGUUAGCUGACCGGCUCUUAGCCCAAAGUGUUAUAAACACUGAAAAAGAAAUAAGGUAUUUAGAAUUAUUAAAAUUGAGGUUUGGAGAGGCACAGUUGCAUUUCUGUGAAGUUAUGCUUAAAGAUAUAUCAGAUUCAAAGAGAAUAAACUCUCUGAUUCAUCAAGAUAGCAGUAUAGAAGAACUAAACAAGGAGUUUGUGUCAAAUGCUAUGAUCUUGUCUGCACAAUUUUGGCCACCUUUCAAGGAUGAAAAUUUGGAACUACCAGAUGAAAUCAAAAGGCAUUUAGAAGCAUACACAAAGUCAUAUGAAGCUCUCAAAGGCAACAGAACAUUGAGUUGGAAACCACAUCUUGGCAAUGUUAAUAUUGAAAUAGAGAUUGGCGAGAAAAAACUAGACUUGACAGUCUCACCAUUCAAUGCAACAUUGAUAAUGCAUUUUCAAAAUAAGCCCCAGUGGUCCAUUGAAGAACUGCAUCAAGUUAUGAAAGUGCCAGUGACUGUUUUAAGAAGGAAAAUAACUUACUGGCAAACAAUGGGACUGAUCAUGGAAAAAGGAAGUGACUAUUUUGUUUUAGCAGAUGAAACAGAGAACAAAGCAAAUGUUUCUGCCAAUCAAGUUCAAGAGAUGAUUUGUGAAGAUGAGGAGACAGAGAGUGUCAUGGCUUCCGGCUCAUGACCAGCGGAAGGAGAACUUCAAGUAUUCUGGUCUUACAUUGUUGGCAUGUUGACAAACUUGGACUCUUUGCCUUUGGACCGCAUACACCAGAUGUUGAAGAUGUUUGCAUCACAAGUCCCUGGUACUGAAUGUAGUCUGCAGGAAUUGAGACAGUUUCUAGACACCAAAGUGAGGACCCAUCAGCUGGUGUUGCAAGGUGGCCUGUAUAAAUUACCUAAAACUAUUGGUUUGAGGUAAAAUGUUAUGGGAAAAAUUGCUUCAUAGAUGUAUGUGUAUUCUAGUAAGCAUUAUAAUUUUGUAAAAUGA